AUGACCGGCUGGGCCCCACGCCCCAGCCCCCCCCUCCCCCAGCACACCUGGCGCCCGACGGAGGUCCCCCCCAUCCACGGCCUGACCCUGGUCUUCCGCGCGCCGUGGUCUGCUUCCGGCGGCGCGCGACGCAUGGCGGGGGUUCGCGCCGUGCUGGAGAGCCGCGUCGGCGGCGCAGCCCAGCUGCGCCUGGCGGUGUACGACCGCAGGGGCCGUGCCGCCGUGAGCACCCUGCACCUGCACGGCGCCGAGCAGAAGGAGUUCCCCUUACUCCCGGGGUUGGGCAAGCCCAGCUGGCAGUGCGCCGCGCGCGACAUGACCUGGUGGCUCGUGUUCGAGACGCCCAUGCAGCAGACGGCCUUCAGAGGCCUGCUCCAGUACUGGGGGGAGCGUUCCUCCCAGUCGCUCGGCGGCCACACGAGCGCCGGCGCCUCCCAGCCAUCCAGCCCCGCCAGCCCCCGCCCUGGCAUGGGCGCCGCGGGUAGGCCCUUUGCACGGGGCCGCGUACUGGACGCGAGCUCCCCCCUCUCGCGCCCGGCCUCGUACCUCCCGCGCCCGCCUGGCGCGGAGGGCUGCGGCCGCGGCGCCGGCCCGCUGCGCCCGCUGUGGCCCGCCCCUGGCGCCUUCCCCAGCGUGUCGCUGGCAGGCGGCGCCCUGGUGCCCGAGUGCUACCCCUACCAGAACCUGCCCUCGCCCAUCAGCAGCUUGCACAGCGGCACCUGCUCGCUGGGCGCGGCCCCCGCCCCACCCCGCAGCCCGAACCCGGCCUGGCCGCCGGCGGCUGCGCCCGACCGCAGCGCCGCCGCCUCCGCCAGCUCCAGCCUGGACCUGUUCCAGGGCUCCUCGCCUGAGGAGAACGCGUCGCUGGGCGCCGACGCGUACCAGUCUGCGCUGGAGGCGCUGAGCAUGAGCAUCGAGGGCGCGGAGGUGCACGCGACGUCCCCCCCGCCCGCGCUCCUCGGCGGCAGGGGCACGCCGGGGCUGGGCGCGGCGGUGGCACCCGCCGGGCACGCCAACCCGCCGCUGGCGGUGGAGGCGGGGGAGUGGCACGCGCUGCGCCUGCUGGACGCCACGCCGCCGCCGCACCUGGAGCGGCAGGCGCUGGCGCUGGGGUGCCGCGCCGCCUCCCUGGCCUCGCCCUUCGAGCUGGGCCCGCUGCCGGACCUGGACGGGUUGUGGGAUGACUUGGGCGGCGAGGAGCUGUCGCCGCACCAGGGCAGGUGCUCAGGCGAGAGCCUGGUGGGCGAGGGUGUCGCCAAGCGUGCCAGGCCGAGCCCCGCGGCUGCCCUGUGCGCGCAGAGGUCCUGCCCCGCCUACUUCACGCCUCUCGCGCUCACCCCCUUUCCCGGCUGA